CAUAACUUUCAUUCUUUUGUAAUGUAAGUAUUUUUUUUAAUAAUUGCUAAAAAACAAAAAGAGACUCGUGCGCCACAAUUAUUAAAGAUGAUGUGUGCUGACGCCGCAAGUGUGCAAGUUGAAGAGAAUACACUUAGUGAUAAAAUCCUGAACUCAAUAAACCUAGAAGUGAUAUCCAGAAUAGAAAAGGAAUUGGAAGUUUACGACUUAAUUUCACUCGUGUUCCUUCUCUAUGAUGUACCUGAUACAGCGUUGGAUCGUCUUAUUAUACUACAACGAAUUUCUAGAGACAUUGAGGGAAGUCACCUGAAUUUAUUGUUUGAUUGGGCUUUAAGCGCUCAAGGACGACCUACUUGGCGUCAGCAUUUCUUAGAAGCCCUAGCUGUGUGCCAAUUAUACAACGUCAUCAGGAAACUGGGCUUGCAUGUCCCCGCAAUAAAAAGACUUUACUCAACAAAUGAAGAUAGUUCCCACAUCAAUCCAAUGAAAAAAGUUUUAUACCAUAUAUGUGAAAAUAUGACCGCCAAUACAUUUGAAAACUUUAAAAAGACUUUGGCUUCGUUUGAUAUGAAUGUAUUGCAGUAUGAUACUUGUGAACUAGUCCUACUGCAACUGAUGAGUCAGAAGUUUAUAACUUUGAAGCUGCUAAAUAAUGAUAGAAAUUAUGCUAGCAGUCAGUGUAAGAUUGAACAACUUGCGAAAAUAAUUGAUAGGGAACCUGAAUUAAAAAAAUAUGCAACUGUAUUGAGAAAUACAGAAAGCAAGAUGAAUGUGAAACUGGAAUCUCCCUCAACUAGUGUUGAGAAAUCUUUCAACGGUAAUUUAAAUAUAAAAGAAGAUAAUAACACAGAAACUUGUGACUUCAACGAAGUUUUCAGUCUGAUUGAAAAGCUGCAUUUGGAAGAUAUACCUAUUGAUCUGAAGUCGGAUAGACAACCUUCAAUAAAUUUGAAUGACAGGUAUAAGAUUUCAAAUGAGAAAAGAGUGGGUAUAUGCUGCAUAAUAAACCAAGAAGUGUUCUAUCCAUCUAAAGAAAGCAUGGAAUAUGGAAAUGAGAAUGCAUUACCAAGACGUGAUGGUUCAACAAAAGAUAAAAUUAUGUUGGAGAAGACUAUGCGUGGCUUGAACUUUGAUAUUAUUACCAGAGACAAUCUUAACAGUAAUGAGAUGAUAGCUUUCAUACAAGAAGUGUUGAAGAAAGUCUCAGCUGAAGAUAGUGUGUUUAUGCUUUGUAUACUGUCACAUGGCAUUAGAGGUUGUGUGUACGCAGCAGAUUCCAUACCAAUAAAAGUGGAUUAUAUUCAAAGUUUAGUGGAUGACAAGCAAUCUUUAAGAGGCAAACCGAAGGUGCUAAUCCUGCAGGCUUGUCAAGUUGUUGAUGCCACAUCACCAUUAGUUGCUGACAGCCCUCAUAACAUGAGAAAGACAGACUUCUUAGUUUGCUGGGCUACAGCACCAGAAUUUGCUGCUUUUAGGCAUCCUAGAGCAGGGUCAUUGUUCAUCCAAAUUUUAUGUGGGAUCAUUAAUGCUAGGGGUAAAAGGGAACAUUUCUUGGAUUUAUUCACUAUGGUUAAUGACAAGGUUGUUACAAUUUGCACUUUGAGAGGUAUUGAACAAGCACCUAUUGUUAAUCAUACUUUGAGGAAAAAAUUAUAUUUACAAAUGUCUGGUUAAAAGUAAAAUUUGGGAGUUGUAAAUAGCAGGGCAAACGCCCUUAUUUUCUUUUUAGCAUUAAUUAGAAUUAAGCAUGUAAAGCCAUAUGCAAUGUGGAUGGACCUAAC